AUGGGCUCUAACAUCUGUACUUCUAGAGGUGUACACACCUGUAAAGAGUGUUUGUCCAUCCAUCCCACCUGUGCUUGGUGUUCUCAGGAGAGUUUUGGACAGGUUGGAUCCAGCGAUUCCCGCUGUGACCUGAAGGUCAACCUCAUCAACGUGGGCUGUGACUCCAAAGCCCUCGAGUUUCCAGUCAGUCAGGUGACCGUGGAGGAGGACCGCCCACUCAGUGACAAAGCUGCAGGCUCAGCCAAUCAAAUCACUCAGAUGCAACCUCAAAAACUUCGUCUGACACUCAGACCGGGAGACCCACAGCGCUUCACUGUGACGGUCAGGCAGGUCUCUGACUACCCGGUUGACCUGUACUAUCUGAUGGAUCUGUCCUAUUCCAUGAAAGACGAUCUGGAACGUCUGCAGACGCUGGGGAAUGACCUGGCCUCUGCAAUGCAGCAGAAGACCAGUAACCUGCACAUGGGUUUCGGCGCGUUUGUGGACAAGCCCCUCUCCCCUUACAUGUACAUUGCUCCUGAGGAGGCUGUCUCAAACCCCUGCUUUGGGAUAAACACGGAGUGUCAGGCACAGUUUGGCUACAGGAACGUGCUGUCCCUGACAGAGCAGGUGGAACGCUUCACGCAGGAGGUGGGCAAACAGGAGAUCUCCCGAAACAGAGACUCGCCCGAGGGGGGGUUUGACGCUAUCAUGCAGGCUGUGGUGUGCAAGGAUAAAAUCGGCUGGAGACCAAACGCGACCCAUCUUCUGGUGUUCACGACAGACGCUAAAACCCACUUUGCUCUGGACGGCCGAAUCGCCGGGCUGGUCCGACCCAGCGACGGGCAAUGCCACAUGGACCAGAACAAUAACUAUGACAUGUCAGCGAUUCAGGACUACCCCUCACUGGCGCUGAUGGCAGAGAAACUGUCGCAGAACAAUGUUAACCUUGUCUUUGCCGUUACAACCUACGCCAUGGACCUCUACCGCGACAUCAGUCAGCUGAUCCCUGGCUCCACAGUAGGACAGCUGUCUCGUGACUCAGGAAACGUCAUCAAACUCAUCGUGGACGCUUAUGACAGGGUCAGGUCAAAGGUGGAGCUGGAGGUUCUGGACUUGCCUGAGGAAUUGUCGCUGUCCUUCAAUGCCACCUGUCUGAACGGACAGGUUAUCCGCGGAGUCCGUUCCUGCUCUGGACUCAAGACCGGGGACUCGGUGUCUUUCAGUGUAGAGGCACGAUUGGUUGGUUGCCCUAAACAGAGACGCAGCACUUUUACUCUCAAGCCCCUGGGUUUUAAGGACACUCUCCAAGUCACCGUGGACUUCCAGUGUAACUGCGGUUGCCAAGACGACGCCCAACCGGCCAGCCCUGCCUGUCACUAUGGCAACGGGACCUUUGAGUGCGGCAUGUGUUUGUGUGACCCCGGGCGGCUGGGCCCGCGCUGCGAGUGUUCGGAGGCGGAGUACAGCCCCAGUCAGCAGGACGUGUGCAGCCGCGCGGAGGGGGAGCCCGUCUGCGGCGGGCGCGGGGACUGCGUCUGCGGACAGUGCAGCUGCCACGUGAGCAGUUUUGGGAAAGUUUGGGGCAAAUACUGUGAGUGUGAUGACUUCAGCUGUGUCAGGUUUAAAGGAGAGCUCUGCUCAGGUCAUGGGGCGUGUGAGUGUGGUGUGUGUAAAUGUGAAGCUGAUUGGUCAGGAGAAUACUGUAACUGCUCCACACAGACGGCCACAUGCAUGGCCGGUACAGGGCUGCUGUGCAGUGGGCGUGGCCAGUGUAGGUGUGGCUCCUGUGAGUGUACCCAGCCUGGUGCUUACGGCAUCACCUGUGAGAAAUGUCCCACCUGCCCUGACGCCUGCACCUUUAAAAAAGACUGUGUUGAAUGUAAACACUAUAAGAGAGGAGCUUUGUUUGAGAAGAACUGUGACCAUGUCUGCAGAGACGAAAUCCAACUGGUCGACGAACUAGCCUUCUAUGAGAAAAACUCCGUCAACUGCACCUAUAAGGAUGAGGACGACUGUGUCCAGCACUUUCAGUAUUAUGAAGACGCCAGUGGAAAGUCCAUUCUCUACCUUGUCAAAGAGCCUGAGUGUCCUAAGGGUCCUGAUACCCUGGUGGUGAUCAUGGCAGGUAUUGGGGCAGUCCUGUUGCUGGGUCUGGCAGCGCUGUUGAUAUGGAAGCUGCUGGUCACCAUCCAUGAUCGCAGAGAGUUCGCUAAGUUUGAGGCAGAACGCGCCAAAGCCAAGUGGGAUACGGGCAACAACCCACUGUACAAAGGAGCUACGUCCACCUUCACCAAUGUGAUGUACCAUGGGAACUCCUAA